AUGAGUUUUCAACCCGUCAACCCGCGGCCGUAUUUGCAGGCUAGGGUCGGAACAGAAAUGAUCGUGCGCCUGAAAUGGGGCCAGACGGAAUACAAGGGCACACUAGAGAGCAUCGAUUCGUACAUGAACGUACUGCUGCGGGAUACGGAGGAGUUUAUCGACGGGAAGAACACGGGAUCGCUGGGGUUGGUGUUGAUUCGGUGUAACAAUAUUCUGUGGAUGGGGUCGGCGGACAGUGUUGAAAUGACGGAGUUGGGGCUGAAGUAG